AUGAAUCACCAAAUUUACGAAUCAAUCUACCCCGACUUCCAUGUUCCACCCCAUCUAUCCUUGCCCCAAUUACUGCAAAAAUACAAUCCUGAAGAUGUACCUCACAACAAAGUGAUUCUGGAAGACCUAUCGCCUGGAGGCAGACAGGUGACCUAUGGCCAACUACGCAACGAAGCCGCUACGACGGCCUCGUAUUUUACAACAGUUCUGGGGCUAAAGGCCGGUGACACCGUCGCGAUUUAUGCGUCAAAUUCUGUCCAGUAUCCGAUUAUUGCGCAUUCGGUGAUGUGGUUUGGGGGUGUGAUCGCUGGGAUGAAUGCUUUAACAUCAGUUCAGGACUUGAUUCAUUAUCUGACAAUUUCCCGACCAAUGCUUGUGGUUACUGACGGCCAAUUGCUGGCCAAGAUGGAAGAAGCCGUAUCCAGAGUCAAGGAUGUCAAUCCAAUGAUCAUGGAUAUUGAUGAGCUGUUUGCAGACAUGUCUCAAAAAUGUCUCUCCCCAUGUCUGCCUUUCGAUUUGUCUGGAAGGGACAAUCGAGAAUACCCGGCAUCGAUCAUGUUCAGCUCCGGUACAAGUGGUAAACCCAAGGCCGUGCUUUGGAGCCACUAUAGUAUCAUUGCACAUGUCCUUCAACCUCGAGCUACUCUUCCGGAGCAAAAUAAUAGCCUCGAAAGAGAGGUUGUAUACGCACCUUUGUGCCACAUGCUAGGCUUCCUGGGGGCAGUCCUUAAGCCCGCAUUUCUAGGCUGCUAUGUUGUGGUCUUGAAACGAUUCGAUUAUGAAGCAUACAUUCAAGCCUGUGCGAAAGCCCAAGUUACGAUCAUGAAAAUGAUUCCCGCGACAGCGGUGGCUAUUGCGAAAGACCAGAGUGUUGAGAAACAUGACCUCGGCAGUGUCAGACAUAUUUUGUGUACUGGAGCAACGCUUCAGGAGCAAAUUGUGAGGAGACUUCAAGAGAUUAUGAAGGGUUGCGCGAUCAUUCAAAGCUAUGGUCUGAGCGAAAUCGGUGUGUCGAUAUUGAAAGGAUCACGCUCAUUGGAAAAGUCUGGGAGUGUGGGAAGAUUGUUUCCCGGCAACAAACUGCGCAUCGUGGAUGAAAAGCUCCAGGAUGUCCCAAUAGGGCAAGCGGGAGAAGCACUUAUCCAAGGUCCAACCUUAUUCAUGGGAUACAAGAACAACCCAGCCAGCACUCGAGAGGCUUUCCACAAGGGGUGGUUCCGAACCGGAGAUGUUCUCAAGAUGGAUUCAGAUGGGUUCCUCUGGUUCCAGGACCGCCAAAAGGAGAUUAUCAAGUACAAGGGGAACAUGGUGGCCCCAGCCGAGCUCGAAAACCUCCUUUCAGCCCACCCAGCCGUCCUCGAAGCUGCUGUCUGCGGCUACUUCGAUGAAUCACAACAGACCGAUAUUCCUGUCGGAUAUGUCAAGCUGCGAGAUUCCGUGGCUGUCAGUGAUCGUGCCCGUUUGCUGGGAGAAAUCAAGAAAAGCGUCGACGAUUCUGUAUCGUCUCCGAAGAAGCUUCGAGGUGGACUGUUCUAUCUGGCGGAGUUGCCCAAAAAUGCGACGGGGAAGAUCAUGAGAGCGCUUCUUCCGGCUCGAGUGGAGUCUGAUAAGAAGAAGAGGUGGAGUAAAUUGUGA